UUCCCCAGCGCGGCCAGAGGGAGGAGAGAACCGGGGCUCGCCGCGAGCCUUCGAGAGCGGCAGUCGCGGAGGCGGCGACGGCGGCGGCACAGGCUCGGGCAAGCCGCGCGCGCAUCCUCCGGCGCCCUGCGCGGCGGAAAGCUCGGCGGGCCGCGGGAGCCCACGAUUGGAGUGGACAAAGCAAGAUGGCAGGGAUCUUAGCCUGGUUCUGGAACGAGAGAUUUUGGCUCCCACACAAUGUCACCUGGGCGGACCUGAAGAACACGGAGGAAGCCACCUUCCCGCAGGCUGAGGACCUCUAUCUCGCCUUCCCCCUGGCCUUCUGCAUCUUCAUGGUGCGGCUCAUCUUCGAGAGAUUUGUAGCCAAACCAUGUGCCAUAGCCCUCAACAUUCAGGCCAAUGGACCACAAAUUGCCCAGCCAAAUGCCAUUCUGGAAAAGGUCUUCACUGCAAUUACGAAGCAUCCUGAUGAAAAGAGAUUGGAAGGCCUCUCCAAGCAGCUGGACUGGGAUGUUCGCAGCAUUCAGCGCUGGUUUCGACAAAGAUGCAACCAGGAGAAGCCAAGCACACUGAGGAAGUUCUGUGAGAGCAUGUGGAGAUUUUCAUUUUCCCUUUAUGUAUUUACCUAUGGAGUCCGGUUCCUAAAAAAGACCCCCUGGUUGUGGAAUACAAGGCACUGCUGGUACAACUAUCCCUAUCAGCCACUCACAACUGACCUUCACUACUAUUAUAUCCUGGAGCUGUCGUUUUAUUGGUCUUUAAUGUUUUCCCAGUUCACUGAUAUCAAAAGAAAGGACUUUGGCAUUAUGUUCCUGCAUCACCUUGUAGCUAUUUUCUUGAUUUCCUUUUCAUAUGUCAACAAUAUGGCCCGAGUAGGGACCCUGGUCCUCUGUCUUCAUGAUUCAGCUGAUGCUCUUCUAGAGGCUGCCAAAAUGGCAAAUUAUGCCAAGUUUCAGAAAAUUUGUGAUCUUCUGUUUGUUAUGUUUGCCAUGGUUUUUAUCACCACACGACUGGGUAUAUUUCCUCUCUGGGUGUUAAAUACCACAUUAUUUGAAAGCUGGGAGAUCGUUGGACCUUACCCUUCCUGGUGGGUUUUUAAUCUACUGCUGUUGCUAAUACAAGGCUUGAACUGCUUUUGGUCUUACUUAAUCGUAAAAAUAGCUUGCAAAGCUAUUUCAAAAGGCAAGGCUGGGAAGUGGAACCCUUUACAUGUGUCCAAGGAUGAUCGAAGUGAUAUUGAGUCUAGCUCAGAUGAGGAAGACUCCGAACCUCCAGGGAAGAACCCUCACACUUCGACCACCACCAAUGGGACCAGUGGUACCAAUGGGUACCUCCUGCCUGGGUCUUGCUCCGUGGAUGAUUAAUUACUCAAAACUACAAGUCCCGAACAAAGUGAACUGUUUGUUGCUGGAAGUAUUUAAAAGUUGCAAAUGCAGUUCCUUUCAUUAUAUCUCAGCACCAGAAACAAAACUUAGGAUUCUCAAAGCAUUUUGACUAGUGCACUGCUAUAUGUCCUGUCUGUGAAUGAAGAAGAAUGACCAUUCUCUAUACGUAGGCAUGCUAUAUGUAAUUGACACAAGGGAACAGUAUUUGCGUUUGUACUGGCUUAGAGUAUUAUUUAUAUUUCAUUUUUGUUGGUAAAUCUGUGGACAAAUGAGGGCUUCCUCACUCCUUUUACUCUCUGGGUUUAUGACAGUGAAGGAGAUGCUCCAUCUGCUUCUACCCCUCUCUGUCGCUGUAACUCAGUUUGACAGGAGCAUCAAAUAAUUUAAUUUGUCACUUAGAGCAAGCAAAACCCAGUGCAAGAUUCUCGUACUGCUCCAAAUAGGUUUGCUUUCUUUGUGUUACAGUGCCUGUUUUGAAAUUGCCUAUAUAGCCCCAGGGGCCGUUUUCCCAGUGUAAAGUUUAAGCAGGAUGAGCUAGGCAUUUUAAUUGUCCCUCUUCGUGGUCAAUGCGCAGUUCAAAUUAAAGAGUAUGGUUUUUGGAGAACUUUAAAAAAUUGUUUUGUAUUAAGUUGCUUUGGAAUAGACAUCAUUUCUUGUGCACACAGCCAAGAUGUCUUCAAUGAGUAUGGUAGCUAGCUGGAGAUGAACUUUGUAGGUUGCAGAGGUUUAUUUUUGGUUUUUGGUUUUUGUUGUUUUUGUUUGUGUGUUUAUUCCCUCUCAUGAGGUCAGUGCUCUGGCUCUGAAGGAGGACCUUUGCCUAAGGUCAUAGUUACUACGAACAAUGAAAUCACUCUUACUACUGGGAAUUUGUCCCAUGAUCUGAGAAUAACAGAAAGAGAACAGCUGAUUUCAACCGGAUUUCAGCAGUACCCCUAUAAUUACUGCAAUCUUCUGUCAUGUCAUGAAAAAAAAGAAGCUAAGUAUAUUUUGGCACAGCAAAGGAGACUUUGAACAGUUGGCAAAGGUCAGCUCUAGCAUAAAGCAUUUUACUGCAACCAGCAUUCAAAGAAGUGUGCUAGAUAUCUAGUAUUUGAUCUUGGUGUUUUGAUUUUUCUGAGCAAAAUAAAGCCAAUGGGAGAAGGACGAUUUUACUGUUUGUCCUUUCUCCUUAAAUAUGACCCAGAGUGACUCUCCUGUUGCUAGAAACUGAGUAGUGUUGCGCUUGAAGUCCUUUGGUUUGCUUCUUUGAAGACUUGUUCGGUUUCUAGGAAUUUUUACUCAAACGGAGCUAUUUUCAGAAAAAAAUAAUAAAAAUUGUACCGGACUAUGGCAAUAUCAGCAAUGAGAAAGACUGCUGAAAAAUAAGUUGCUAUAGUCUCCUACAUGGCAGUGUUAUUUAUGUAUAAAUAAGAAAACCCGUUCACGUAAACCAAAGAUUUUAUCUCCUUCCUUCCAACUUUUAGUAAGAGCGAAUAAAAAGGUAUUACACUUAUUUCAUAAACAAAAUAAGUGUUCAAAACCACAAUGCAGUAGCAUAAAUGUGUGAGUCAGGGGAUAGUAAAGACAACAGCAUCAGAAAUACUAGGGAGUGCAUGUCCUGCUUACAGCCAUUCACAUUCGAUUCAAAUUUUUGGAAAAAAUUGAAAUGAAUCUUUGUGCCAGCAGUUUGCAACCUGUGCGUUAAAAUAAUGCUCCCAAACAAAAAACCUCACACUGUAAUAUUAAAUCUUUCCCCACCUACAUAUGAAGUAGUCUGUUUCUGAUAAGGCUCACAGUAAUAAUUGAAGAGCCUUAGACAUAUGUCUGCUUGUUUAUUGAGAAAACGAUGCAACUAAUUCUUCUCAUAAAGCCUUAUUAUUUUAUUUCACAAAACAGGGGUAUAUCUAGGAGUGUAAUUUGUGGAUGGUUUGAGACCAGUCAUAAAACAUCAAAAUUACUUGUUAGUCAUCUGAACAUCUGCUAAAAUGCAGAUAUAUAAAAUGAAGCAACGAGCAUGUUAUAGCUGAAAAAUGUUGAGAAGGUGAAAGUUUCCUUUCUUAUCAACUAAAAUAUGGGGAAGAAGAGUGAAUUGUACCUUGCUUUAGUGCCUGGAGCAAGUCCUCACAAAGGGAGAAAUAAACCAGAGAACCACCAUGUGUUCAAAUUUGGAUCAUCUGAUACUCUACCACAGAAUAA